AUGCGUGUCGGGAGCGUCGUCCGUGGAUGCCAAUGUCUCGCGCUGCAUGCCAGGCUUCUCCGACCAGUACUCGAGCAUAAUAAGAUCGUAGUGCGACGGUGGGUUCGUUGGUCCAGGGUCGCUGCCAGUUUUGGCUGGGUUGGACAGCUUGGACGUCGACCUCGCAGUUCGCAUGCGAGCAAACGAUUUUGUAGGGAUGAGAUGCAGUGGAAGCCUGGAUACCGCACCUUGUUGUUGAUUUGCCUGACCGUGAACGCACGACCCAUGAGGGCACUGAGCUCGGCAGCAAGACACUCAGCCGCGUCGUUCUUCUGCAUGUUCUUUGUGAGUUCCGACUUGUACCGAAGCUGA